AUGCUCAGAGCCAGGCAAGCCUUCCUUUCUGCUCGCCGUGCUACUUCUUCUGUUGCGGCGGCCUACUAUCCAGCCGAGCCUACCCAGCCCAAUUUAGUCACUGAGACCAUUCCAGGACCAAAGUCUGUUCUGCUCAACAAUGAACUUGGGCGUGUUUUCGACAACAGGGCGUCCUACUUCGUCACAGACUACCAAAACUCGAUUGGUAACUACAUUUCUGACGCCGACGGCAACCAGAUGUUGGAUGUGUAUUGUCAAAUCUCUUCGAUUGCGCUUGGAUACAACAAUCCUGAGCUUUUGAAAACGGCCGCGUCUCCACAAAUGGCCAGCGCAUUGGUCAACCGUCCCGCCUUGGCAUGUUUCCCACAAAAAGAUUACGCGGCCAUUUUGGAGGAAGGUAUCUUGGCUGCCGCUCCUCCAGGCACCAAUAAAGUAUGGACGGCAUUGUCUGGAUCCUGUGCCAACGAAACUGCAUUCAAAGCUGCGUUCAUGUACCAGGCAGCCAAGCAACGGGGAUCCCAGGACUUCACUGACGAAGACUUGACUUCUGUCAUGUUGAACAAGGCGCCUGGUGCGCCUAAAAGACUGAUCUUGUCGUUCGAGAAAGGUUUCCACGGCCGUUUGUUCGGCUCUUUGUCCACGACUCGUUCGAAAGCCAUUCACAAGUUGGACAUUCCAGCCUUUGAUUGGCCUGUGGCUCCCUUCCCUCAGUUGAAGUAUCCGUUGGAGGAAUUUGCUGCGGAGAAUGAGGCAGAAGAGAAGAGAUGUUUGGCAGAGUUCGAGAAUGUCGUCAAGUCUCAGCCUCCUCACUCCAUUGCCGCAAUCAUUGUGGAGCCAGUUCAAUCCGAGGGUGGAGACAACCACGCUUCUGCUCUCUUUUUCCAAGGUUUGCGUGACCUCACUUUGAAACACGAUAUUCUCAUGAUUGUGGAUGAAGUGCAGACCGGAGUUGGUGCCUCGGGUAAGUUCUGGGCCCACGAACACUGGAACUUGACCACUCCUCCCGACAUGGUGACAUUUUCCAAGAAAUUCCAGGCUGCCGGAUUUUACUUCUCCAACCCAGAGUUGCAGCCUUCUCAGCCAUACAGACAAUUCAACACAUGGUGUGGUGAUCCAUCCAAGGCCCUUAUUGCCAAGACAAUUUACCAGGAAAUCACCAAGCACAACUUGGUGGAGAAUACUGCAGCAACAGGUAACUACUUAUACCAAAACUUGAAGACUUUGUUUGCCAAGUACCCAAACAAGGUUUUCAACUUGCGUGGUGAAAACUUCGGCACGUUUAUUGCAUGGGACUGUGAAAAUCCAACACAGAGAAAUGAGUUGUUGUUGAAAAUGCGUGCUGUGGGAGUGAAUAUUGGUGGCUGCGGCGACAGAUCCAUCAGAUUGAGACCUACGUUAGUCUUUGAGAACAAGCACGCGGACUUACUUUUGGAAGCGUUGGAGCAUUCCUUGAAAGACUUGUAA